AUGACGACCCGAUACCGCGUUGAAUACGCCCUCAAAACUCACCGGCGCGAUCAAUUCAUCGAAUGGAUCAAGGGCCUCCUCGCCGUCCCCUUCGUCCUCUACUCCCAACCCCACGGCGUCUUCGAAUACCCCCCAUCCUCGCCCGAGCUCGGCACCUCCCCUCCCGGCUCCCCGAACCCCAUCCUCAUCAAGGCCCGCGAGGAAGCCCACCGCCGCUAUGCCGAAAUCCUCCACGACGUCGAGCUCAUGAUAGACGACCAUAUUGCCCACCAAAACGACCCCGACAACCCCUUCCCCUCCAAGCUCAAACUCCUUGUCCCCUCCAUCGGCCCGUUUUUCACCCGCCUUCCCCUAGAAGCAGCAUUCAAAUUCCAAGACCGCAAACGCUACAUCUCCUCCCGCCGCUUCGUGUCUCCCUCCUUCAACGACGUCCGCCUGAUCCUAAACUCAGCCCAGCUGAUCUCGGUGACCUCCACCACACCAGGCAGCACCCUCCAGCUAGCCACCUUUGACGGAGACGUGACCCUCUACGACGAUGGGCAAUCCCUCGAGCCGACCUCCCCCGUCAUCCCGCGGCUGCUGGACCUCCUCAGGAAAAACAUCAAGAUCGGCAUCGUCACCGCGGCGGGCUACACCUCGGCAGACCGGUACUACGCCCGCCUCCAUGGGCUGCUGGACAGCAUCGCAACCUCGGUCGAUCUGACCCCCAUCCAGAAACGCUCCGUGAUCAUCAUGGGCGGCGAAGCCAACUACCUCUUCCAGUUCGACCCCGCCUCGGAGCACCUGCUCUCCCCCGUCCCGCGGUCAGAAUGGCUCACGGCCGAGAUGCUCCUCUGGGACGACCGGGACAUCACCCAGCUUCUGGACAUCGCCGAGGCGGCCCUGGCGGACUGCAUCGAGACCCUCAACCUCCCCGCCGUGCUUAUGAGAAAAGACCGCGCGGUGGGCAUCAUCCCCUCCCCCCCCCACAUCCGCAUCCCGCGCGAGUCGCUCGAGGAGACGGUCCUCUGCGUGCAAAAGAUUCUCGAGCUGUCCUCGGCCGGGAGGAGCAAAAAGGUGCCGUUUUGCGCCUUCAACGGGGGCAACGACGUGUUUGUGGACAUUGGGGACAAGAGCUGGGGCGUGACGGUCUGUCAGAGGUGGUUCAGCGAUCCCGAGACGGGGAGGCCGAUAAGGGGGGAGAACACGCUGCACGUGGGCGAUCAGUUUCUCAGCGCGGGGGCCAACGAUUUCAGGGCGAGGAGCGUGGGGACGACGGCUUGGAUUGCGAGCCCGGCGGAGACGGUGGAGUUGCUGGAUGAGUUGGGGGAGCUGAUGGGGAAGAAGAUGUCUUAG